AUGUGGGCUAAAUAUGCCAAGAUCUUCUAUUUAGGAACUUUACUAAUGACAGAAGAAAGAGAAAGAGCAAUAUGGGAUCUCUAUGGUUCUCUAUCCCUCUACACUCUUCUAAAGUUGAAUCAGUCUCUAUUUUCUCAAACAAAGAAUGCUACAGAUUCUUCCAACAUAAAUCAAGCACUUCAAUUCAACUCCGCAACUGAUAGAUCAAAAAAUUAUGUACAGUUACCCAUUAGCAGUGCAGUUCCUGCACCUAAAGCCUACAGGUGCUGCACCAGAAAUAAACCAGACUUUGUUGAAGUUAUUGAUAAGCAGUCCAAGGGUAUAAUUCCCAGAAAACAGAACCAUGUUGAUCCUAUCCUUCUUAAAGAAGCGUACAAAGGCUGUCAAAAAAUAUGUGCCCAGCAUGCUACAAGCUAUUAUUUGGGAAGUUUGUUGCUGACUGAAGAAAGAAAGAGAGCAAUUUGGGCUUUGUAUGCUUGGGGCCACAGGACAGAUGAACUAGUGGAUGGUGAAAAUGCCCAUCUCACCGGUUCAACUGUGCUGGAUAGCUGGGAAAAUAGGGUUGAAGAUAUUUUUGAUGGACGCCCGCAUGACAUACUGGACACCGCCUUGGCUGACACUGUCCAGCAAUUUUCACUCGACAUCAAGCCGUUCAAAGAUUUGAUAAAAGGAAUGAGAAUGGACACAUGGAAAACUCGUUACGAGAACGAUGAAGAGCUUGAACUUUACUGCUACUAUGUGGCAGGAACAGUUGGCUUAAUGACUGUUCCAAUAAUAGGAAUCUCACCAGAGUAUGUAAGUUCUGCACAAAGUAUUUAUAAAGCUGCAAUAUCCAUGGGAAUCGGAGACCAGCUAACUAACAUCCUAAGAGAUGUAGUAGAAGAUUCUUUAUUAGAGAGAGUGUACCUUCCACAAGAUGAGCUCAGAGAGUUUGGGAUGACAGACAAGGACAUUUUCUGGAAGAAUGUGACUGAGGAAUGGCGAGAAUUCAUAAAGAAGCAGAUAAUGAGGGCCAGAUACUAUUAUGAUCAAGCAGAGCAAGGUAUUUCUCGGCUAGACAGCGCUAGUAGGUGGCCGGUGUGGGCAUCAAUGAUGCUGUACCGGGCUAACUUGGACAAGAUAGAGUCUAACAAUUACGACAAUUUGACAAAGCGAGCAAGAGUUGGGAGAGCUGAGAAGCUUCUUACCCUGCCAUUAGCUUACGCGAAGGCCAUGGGGUGGUGAAGUUCAAAGACAAAAUCAGUCGCUCAUUAAUUUUGUAACCUGCCUGCAGGAACGAUUUAGUUAGUUGAACAAUGUAGUACUGUACUUGUAUUUUCUGGCUAUUAUUAUGUUGUUUACAAAUGUAUGGCAAACUCCUUGAUGAGUGUAAUUAAUGCAUAUUAUGAUUGAUUUUAUGACGGAAAGUUGUCAGAUAUAUUAUUUUCUGACAGAUUUUGUCACGGAUAAUUAGUAUAGGCUCUAUUUGUGUUUGUUUUGACGUAAAUAAUUUGCACAU